AUUACACCAUAGUGAAGAAGACAUUCGGUGAGCAUGAGACCCCCAGCAACCAUCCUCGUGUUGCAGGUGGACUAAGCAGGACCUAGAGCCCCAUCACGGUGCCUCCACCUCACUUACUGACUCACUGAUACAUAAGAGACACAAUGACCAGAAGAUCCUGGAACGCACCAACAAGAUCAUUCAGCUGCUGACUGGAGAGGAGGGGGAGUAUAUAGAGGAACACAGGGGUCUGUACAAGGACGUGAUGAUGGAGAAUCACCAGCCCCUCACAUCACUGGAUGGGCCCAGUAACAGAGAUACCCCAGAGAGAUGUCCCCGUCCUCUGUAUUCCCAGGAUUGUACAGAGGAGAAUCAAAGGACCCCACAGGAGGAUCAGUACAUGACUGAUAUGAAGGCAGAAGAUAUAGAGGGAGAAGAAGAGACGUAUGUGACUGAUAUGAAGACAGAAGAUAUAGAGGGAGAAGAAGAGACGUAUGUGACUGAUAUAAAGGCAGAAGAUAUAAAGGGAGAAGAAGAGACGUAUGUGACUGAUAUGAAGGCAGAAGAUACAGAGGGAGAAGAAGAGACGUAUGUGACUGAUAUAAAGGCAGAAGAUAUAGAGGGAGAAGAAGAGACGUAUGUGACUGAUAUGAAAGCAGAAGAUACAGAGGGAGAAGAAGAGACGUAUGUGACUGAUACAAAGGCAGAAGAUACAGAGGGAGAAGAAGAGACGUAUGUGACUGAUAUAAAGGCAGAAGAUAUAGAGGGAGAAGAAGAGACGUAUGUGAGGGGUGAUCAGCAGUGUAAGGAGGAGGAGAUCCCUACAUAUAUCAGCACAGGUGGACACACAAGCAGGAAUAUCUCAGAAGGACAUCUAAUGUUAUCCCCGGAUUGUGACAUAAAAGAUAAUGACAGUAGACAGAAUUCUCCAGGAGAUAAUCCCAUUACCCCAAUUAUACAUCCAGCUCUAUCAGCUGGUCCACCUGAUCCUGGGAAAUGUUCUCCUGAUCACUCUGAUAUUGGUGCAUCUGUUACAGCUCUGAGAGUAGAUACAGUGUUUCCCUGUUCUAUAGAUGCCAAAUGUUUUACACAGAACACAAAGCCUAUUACCCAUCAGCCAGCUAAAGCAGCUGAGAUGCCAUUUCCAUGCUCUGAGUGUGGGAAAUGUUUUACAUACAAAUCAGCUGUUGUUAUACAUCAGAGAAGACACACAGGUGAGAGGCCAUUUUCUUGCUCUGUGUGCGGGAAAUGUUUUACCCGGAACUCACAACUUGUUACACAUCAGCGAAGUCACACAGGUGAGAAUCCAUUUCCAUGUUCUGAGUGCGGGAACUGUUUUACAUACAAAUCACUUCUAAUACAUAAGAGAAUACAUACAAGUGAGAAACCAUAUUCCUGUUCUGAGUGUUGGAAAUGUUUUACAUACAAAUCAACUCUUGAUGCACAUAAGAGAAGUCACACAGGUACAUCACCAUUUCCAUGUUCUAAGUGUGGGAAACAUUUUGCACAGAAAUCACAACUUGCUAGACAUCAGAGAAGUCACACAGGUGAGAGGCCAUUUCCAUGUUCUGACUGUGGAAAAUGUUUUAUCUGGAAAUCACAACUUGUUAGACAUCAGCUAAGUCACACAGGUGAGAAGCCAUUUCCAUGUUCUGAGUGUGGGAAAUGUUUUGCCCGGAAAUCACAAUUUGUUAGACAUCAGCUAAGUCACACAGGUGAGAGGCCAUUUUCUUGCUCUGAGUGUGGGAAAUGUUUUACACAGAAAUCAUAUCUUGUUAUACAUCACAGAAGUCACACAGGUGAGAAGCCAUUUCCAUGUUCUGAGUGUGGGAAAUGUUUUGCAGACAAAAUAGAGCUUGUUAGACAUCAGAGAAGUCACACAGGUGAGAAGCCAUUUUCUUGCUCUGAGUGUGAGAAAUGUUUUUCACGGAAAUCACAACUUGUUAGACAUCAACUAAGUCACACAGGUGAGAGGCCAUUUCCAUGUUCUGAGUGUGGGAAAUGUUUUGACCGGAAAUCAGAUCUUGUUAAACAUCAGAGAAGUCACACAGGUGAGAAGCCAUUUUCUUGCUCUGAGUGUGGGAAAUGUUUUACACAGAAAUCACAUCUUGUUAUACAUCAGAGAAGUCACACAGGUGAGAAGCCAUUUCCAUGUUCUGAGUGUGGGAAAUGUUUUGCAGACAAACCAGAUCUUGUUAGACAUCAGAGAAGUCACACAGGUGAGAAGCCAUUUUCUUGCUCUGAGUGUGGGAAAUGU